AUGGAGACCGUGAGCAUCCCUUCCUCAACCUACACGCCCUCGCCCGCACUCGCCGUCAUUUCAUGGAUCUCUAUUGGCUUUGCCGCAUUGGCCUCCGUAGGGCUCACCUGCGACAUUGUCUACCGUCGAGGAUGGAGGUCCAUGAUGGCAAUCAUGAUCCCAGUCUACAUCGUCAACGCACUCUACCUCUGGCCGAUCACUGUGUGGACAUACAUCAAGUACGGAAGGCCCGAGGCACUGAAAAAGGCAAAGAAAUUCGGGGAUGAAGCCCAGGCGGGCGAAGAAGAUCCGCUCCUACACUCGCAUCAUCGGACGGGCCAUAGCGAAGGGAACACAGGCGCUGAACGGCGGUCGGAUGGAACUGGGACGCACACAGAGGACCAUGCUGGUCACCAAAGUGUGGACAUGAUAAAUGAACGCGACGGCCACGCUCCAGAGGACAGUGGAGCAGCCCACCAGCACCACCACAACACGGGCGCGGACCGACCCAUAUUCGCCACUGUCACCAUUGCAACCUGCCAUUGCGGUGCUGGCUGCGUUCUCGGCGACAUAGUCGGAGAGUGGCUGGUCGAUGCGUUAGGCCUCACGAUCGGUGGGAGUAUGCUUUUCGCCGCCUUCGUCGUGGAUUUCGGACUCGCACUCGCCUUUGGUAUUGUCUUCCAGUACUUUUCCAUUGCUCCAAUGGCUGGGGACUACGGGUGGAAAACCAUCGUCCGCUCCGCAAAAGCAGAUUUCUUGUCGCUAACCUUCUUUGAGAUCGGUCUUUUUGGAUGGAUGGCCAUCUUCGACCUUUUGAUCUUCGAUCAGAAGUUGGGGAUGAACACUGCGACGUAUUGGUUCAUGAUGCAGAUUGGCAUGUUCUUUGGACACUGGACGGGGUUUCCUAUCAACUGGUGGUUGAUCAAGAGGGGAAUCAAAGAGGCCUGUGCCUGA